AGACUCGAUAUUCAAUUUCAGAGAUUCUGCAGUACUAUGUCAGGCCCGCCUGUAUGGCGGGUAUUCCCCCACGAUAGUACCCUAGUGUCUGACGUGAGGUUUGACAGCGUGUAAUUUUUCAAAUUCAGAUGUCUCAUACUACUUGUGUCCCAUUUUCUUCUCCUUCUUUCAUUUCCAAGUCAACUUAUUGUACUCCAACAUGGCUACCCGAAUUAUGUAUUUCAUGUAUCAUCACUGUCAGUACUGUACGAUUGGAAAAGAAACACUUCCUGAACCGUCACCAGACUCGUUCACUCUUUUCCCUCUCCUGCCUUUCGAAUUACGUCUCAAAGUAUGGUAUAUCAUUGCCAACACACCAAGAACGGUCGAGCUGACCUGCACGCCCUCCGCCCCUUAUAUGCCAGAAGGAAAAUGGUUUUCUCAUAGCAAAAGCCCAGUCAUAUUUCGCAUCUGCUCCGAGUCACGCACUGUUGCACAGUCUUCAUAUUCUACUCUUGAUUUCUCUCCGGAUCAGCUUGGUAUUCCUUGCAGAAUCCCUCUUCUCAUCAACUUUGCAGCCGACACUUUGUGGUUAUGCCAGGACUUGCAAAAAGAUUGGGCUAGAGACCUGCUUGAGAAGAAUGAACACCUAAGAGAGAAAUUGAAGUUCUUGGCUGUUAAGGAGAAAUUGUGGAAAGAAUUGAACGAAGUGGAGCUCACUCCUAUUCCAGAACUUCAACCACCGGAAAGAACAGCCAUUCCUAAAAACAGUGUAUUCUGUGGGCUCAAGGCUAUCGAGGAUGUCAAAUUCCAUGAUUAAGCAGGAUAGCAUCGUUUUCCAAUACCCCUGAUCGACUAGGGGUGGAGCACUAACAAUAUGUUGCACUCUACUCGAAGCAAAUUUAACGUUUAUCGGACAUCAUGAUCUCGUAAUGCUUUUU